CAUACCGUGUACUGACCUCGGUAAAAUAAAUUAUGACAUUGAUCAUUUGCCAACUAGUACAAAAGAAGAAAUGGCUCUUGGAUUAUACUCACUGAUAGAAGCCGUGAUUCUGUGUUUGAAUGCUGUCUGUGUACUACACGAAGAACGAUUUUUAGCUAAAAUUGGAUGGGGCUCAGAUCAGAGAGGAUUUGGAGAAGAACCAGGAAUGAAGACUCAAACCUUAAAUCUGAUUCGUUCAAUACGAACAGUAAUGAGAAUACCCCUUAUAGGAAUUAAUAUAGUGGUGAUAGCGCUGAAGCUGGUCUUUGGAUAAUACCAAUGGGUCUGUCAGUGAAGGCAAAAGAUUCAAAGAGACAGUGUGAUAAAUGGAGGAAACAUGCAGUUUGAAAGUUGGAUUAAAUGCCGAGUCAGACUUGUGUGUCGGAUUUUACAAUUUCAGUGCAAUUUGUGAUAUUUAUAAGGUGUCUGUGAAAAAGAAUGUGGUUACUUGUCUUGUGAGUGAAUGUGUUGAGAGGAAUGUGAUGAAUGUUUGAUGAUAUAUGCUCAUUCAUUUGUAAUAAAACUACACAUUUUGUGUUGUUAAAUUACACGUA